AAAUAAUAAAUAAACACGCAAUGGCCAAGAAGAACAGCAAAAAGAGGUACCGGAAUGAGCACAAGAAGAACCUUCAAGACUAUGAGAAGUACACCAAGAAAAAGGAGGAAAAGCGUCUCAGGAAAAAUGCCAGAGUCGAUGCUAAGAGUCUCAAGCAGAAAGUUGAAGAGCGUAAAGAGCAAAUGCAAAGUACUAGAAGAAACAGAGGCCCCAACUCUUCCACGAAGAAGUCUACGAUGCCUGUCAUCCGCUCCAAAGUGAAGCAAGAGCAGCUCGUCGAGCAGUUCAAGCAAAUGAAACUCGACCGUUUGUCCAGAAUGGACAGGCGAGAUGCUGCCGUGGAGUCCAUCAAGGAGACUCAAGACCAACAGAGCGACGAAGUCAUGAAGGGAGAGAAGGUCAAGAAGAGAAAGAGAAGCAAAGCUUACCAGAAAAUGGUCAAGGCUGCCUUGAGAUCUGCAGCUAAAAGACCAAUCCUUGUCAAACGCAAGAUGGAGGUUGACUAAGAGUAUAAUUUCUAAAAUUUGAACUGG